CGCGUUGAAUCCUGACGUCGGAACACAGUGGACAAAUCAACGAGGCUGUAUGCGCGUUUUACGCGACGCGGGAAAACUACUACGCGUUCAUUAUCCGCGAAGCUAUCAAACUUCACACGCGGCUGAUUGUCGCCGCAAUUUCACAAGAGUCCAAACAAAGCUCUUGCAGUGUAUAAGGCGAUGAUAGCGUCCUAGCGUUGUCGCGCCGCUCGAGUGCAGACGGGCUGCUUGAAACUGCUGCUCGAGUGUGUUUCUGAAGAGCAAAGACAUGGAGCGGUGUAAAGAGAGGCGUCUCGUAGUGUGUUUGCUACUCUUUCUGACGCUCCGCGAGGAUUUGGGAUUCGCAUUCAGACAGAAUAAGGACACCGAGUUCACUUUCCUUUUACCUCCAGGAGCAACCGAGUGCUUCUUCCAAACAGCCACUAAGAGCGGCAGCAUGGAAGUGGAGUACCAGGUCAUUGCAGGCUCAGGGCUGGACGUCGGCUUCACACUGAUCUCCCCGCAAGGAUAUAGAUUGGUCUCCGACUUCAGAAAAUCAGAUGGCAUACAUACAGUGGACCCCACUGAGGAGGGCGACUACAGGAUUUGCUUUGACAACAGCUUCAGCCAUAUUUCAGAGAAGAUGGUGUAUGUGGAGGUGAUCGUGGAUGGACCAGAGGAGGACGAUGAGGAUGAUGAAGAUUGGGCUGCUCUGGCUGAACCGGAGGACUUGCUGGAGUACAAAUUGGAGGAUAUCAGGGACACAAUGGAUGCCGUGCACAAGAAUCUGGAGCGAAGCCGUCAGCUACAGACGACGUUGCGGGCGUUCGAGGCUCGUGACCGUUACCUGCUGGAGGAUAACCUGUGGCGGGUUUCCUUCUGGUCCAGUGUCAGUCUGCUGGUCAUGGUCAGCGUGGCCCUCGCCCAGAUCUACACGUUACGCAGAUUAUUCAGUGACAAACACAAAGUAUGCACAUAGCACAGAUGAACUGGAGAAGGACGAUGCUGGAACACUGUAUGCUGGACUAAUGGAUUCCGUAAAUGAAGACAUGUGGAAACUCAGCUCCAAGAAAUAUCCCACAAGUUUAUGUUAGAAUUGAAGUGUUUGGAGCUAUCAGUGAAUCUGACCAUUUUUAAUUCUAAGAGUUUUCUGUAGAAGUGCUAACACUAAACUUACUUGAAGUAUAUAAAAAAAAAAUUGAAUGUAAUUUUGUACUUGACUUUUAAAACACUGUGGUUUAAAUAAUUUAUGAGACUUCUAAAAAAAAAAAAUAACAUUGCGAUUAACAUUUCGCAUGGAUUUACACUGCAGGAAAAUAAAAAUCCAAGGGAACGUU